ACAGCAGCUCGCAACCAAGAGCCUCACUUCUCCAGAAGUCUCUGAGCCUUUUCCAGUUACGUUCUCAGUUCAUCACCUCUGCCGAUUCUGAGAAGUCUUUCUUUCAGACUCCUUCACGCUCUUAGAUCCUCAACUAUCAUCACUUUUGUAUUCCCUCUUGGCCAUUCCCUCAUCUACGUCUUCAACACGCUCCCGCUUCCGGCCGACCGGCCUUCCACGAAAUGGCGACCGGACGGAUCGACAAUCCCAGGUCCCAUAGCGAUUACACCAUAGGAUGGGUGUGCGCACUCGCCCACGAAAGGGCAGCAGCAAUGGCCAUAUUAGACGUCGAACAUGGUCCUCUCGCGCAAAGAUCUAACGACACCAAUUCAUACACCCUCGGGUCGAUUGCGGAACAUAACAUUGUCAUUACUUGUCUCCCGAUGGGAGAAAUUGGCACAACUGCAGCAACCACCGUUGUGGAGCGAAUGCUCUCUACAUUUCCCUCUAUCCGCUUCGGGUUAAUGGUCGGUGUUGGUGGAGGCAUGCCGCCCAAAGUCCGUCUGGGAGACGUUGUUGUCUCCGUACCAUCAAGUCAUUAUCAUGGCGUGGUUCAGUGGGACAUGGGAAAGACAAUACAGGGGCCAAGAGCGGGUGACGAAUCCUUCGAACGGACUGGCUCAUUGAACAGACCACUUCAUCUUCUGUUGAUAGCGGAAGACGAUGGUGACUGUCGCUUCUGUGAUCCUGCCAAGAUCAUCAAGAGAAAGCCACGUGAAGAACCGAUACAAAUUCACUACGGAUUGAUAGUCUCGGGGAAUCAAGUCAUCAAGAACGCCCUCUCUCGGGAUAAGCUUAACGCUGAAUUUGGUGGUCAUGUUCUCUGUAUAGAGAUGGAAGCCGCUGGGUGUUACGAUCCAAUCAUGUAUCUAGAUAAAACCAACCAAUAAGGUAGGACCCGAAGACAGGACCCGAAGGACCGGUCUUGAAGGCCGGGUCCAAACCGGGACCCGAGGUGGAAAUUCGGGUCCACGGGUCCGGCUGAAGACCUGAUAUAUAAGGAAGCCCUCCCGGGCUUCCUAGUAUAUUAGGUUCUUCAGUAAGCAAUAGCUUCUACAAUCGAUCAAUACCUUUUGGCUAUUACUACCGUUACUUAUUAUUUAUCCUAGCGAUAUACUCCUAUACUUAUAACGGUUCGUUAUACGUUACUUAUUCCUCAAUUUAUAUAUUAGUAUUUUAGGAUCUAUUAUUGUACUUAAA